CAGGAAAUGGCGACGUAUAAUUUCUCCUCGAUGCACUAUAAUUAAUGGUAACUGUAACUUGCUCUCAUACAUGUCGACCAAAAAAGAACGCCCUUGAAGCAAUCAUCAUGCUGAGAUACAAUGUCAAUCCCAAUGAUUGUCAACCCCAGAUUCUUUUUCCCGCACAGCUUUCAAGAGAAUCGACACAUAAUUUCCGCGAGUAGAUCACUGCCCGGUAUUGCAGAGCUACUUGGCAGCAUUGCCACGUAAACUACAGUUUGGAAAAAAAAAAAUGGAUCGAUCAAGACAAAGUUGCUUUAGACCCUGGGUGUUUCUCGUAUUUUUCUGCAGAUCUGGAGGCCCGCGCAUAACUACGGCCCGCCUAACAGCAAGUCAAGCACCCCAACCACAUC